GGACUUUUAUACCCUUUACAUUCAUCAUGGACAAAAUCAAGACACCCAAGGAGGAACCCCAAGAGAAGACAGAGUCCCAACCUAUGACUGUUGAAGAUUAUCAAAAGAAAUGGGAUCAGAUGCUCCAAGACACAGCAAAGCAGAUCGACAAAAUUCGAGAAAAUGAGCUAGCAAGAAGGUCAAAUAAUAAUCAAACCGAGCAGCGUUGAUCUACGCCACAUUUUAUUGUUGAAAUCGUCUAUGCAAG